AUACUUUUUUAACUCAGAUAAAAAUGUUGAUAUAAAAAUGUAAAAGUACAACUUUGGCUUGACAUCAUUCAAUAGUAUAGAAAUCUAUGAGAAUAUUGAAAAGCAAUUUUACAAGCCAUUUUUUGCGAUUUUGUCUAGCUAUGUACUGCUGCGCUCUGCUGAAAAUCAGCCACCGUAAAACUGUUGCAUCAUGUCAAAACGGUAGGUUUUCGAGUCACGUGAGGCGUGAGAUUUAUGGGGUGUGAAUCGGAGGUGGACUGCUGUUCCGGUCCGAUGGAAAUGCGCUUUUUGCCUUGACCUACAACGCACGCAGUCCUAGUAGUCCAUGAAAGAGUUCCGUCGAACUUUUUGUUGUCGACUUGACAUUUCACACAUACAGUUGAACCUAGAUUGUAUAAUUUAUUUCGUAACAAUACACUUUUGGAACGUCCUUCUGGACCAAAAGCGACAAGCGCUCAAGACCCAGUGCAAAACAGUUUCGACUUCUUAUUUCUCACGACCCAACACCCUCUUGGCCUCACCAACCACCCGGAAAAUGCUAAAUUGCCAAAUGGAGGAUGAUUUGCAGCAGGAGAGCAGCAGGGCAUCCCUUCCCCGCCGGUGCAUCAGUUACGUGGCGAUGAAGGCACUAGACGAGAUGCGACUCAGCAAUACGCUGUGCGACGCCACAAUCACCCAGGAUGAUUCCACAUUUCCGGUUCAUCGGGCCAUUCUAGGGUCAUGCAGCGACUACUUCCGGACACUGUUCACCACAUCGCUGCCCAGCGAAAAGGAUCACAUUUCGAUCGGUGGAAUCCGGGCGAUGAUCAUGGAGAGGAUCAUCCAGUACGCCUACCUUCGGGAGCUGGAUAUAUCAGAGGAAGAUAUGUUCGAGAUGUACGCCGCGGCAGACUUUUUAGGGAUGCCCAGUUUGCAGGAACGAUGUAUCCAGUACAUAAAAAGCGUCCUGCGAACGGAAAACUGUGUACUGGUAAUGCUUUACGGGCGACAGCGGCACUGUCCACCGCUGUACGAUUUUGCAAGGAAAUAUGUGCUGAAGAACUUCCAAGAAGUCUCCCGGCAGUGUUCGGAUUUGAUGAAGGUGAACUUGGAGGAUAUCUAUGGGUUGCUAAGCGAUGAGUUCCUAAACGUCAAAGACGAAGAACCGGUGUGGGAAUGCUGUGUCCGGUGGAUAGACGCUGAUGCACCGAACAGAAUCAAGCACAUUGCAAGGUUAUUGCGGGCGGUACGGUUGGGGCUGUUGAAGACACAGUACUUCUUGGAGAAGGUUAAGGAACAUCCGUUCGUGCUGGGGAAUGAAGAAACGAAGCCAAUCAUCAUUGAAACGUUGACCUUUUUGUAUGAUCUAGAUAUGGUGAAUUCGAAGCAUUGUAAGUAGAUCAAAACUCCCGCUUUGGCAUUACCGAGGCUUCCCUACGAUGUCAUUUUCACAUUUGGUGGUUGGAGCGAAGGUCUUCCCCAGUCGACCAUAGAAACGUACGAUACCCGAGCUGAUCGGUGGAUAAAGAUAGAUGCUGAUAACCGGACGGAAGCUCGAGCUUACUACGGAGCUGCUGUUAUUGGAAACACGGUAUACUGUAUAGGGGGAUACGAUGGAGUGGAACACUUCAACACGUGUCGGAAGUUUGAUGCGGUCAGUAAAGUGUGGACCGUGAUAGCGCCUAUGCAUAUCCGAAGGUGUUAUGUGAGUGUCGUGGAAUUGGAUGGACUCAUCUAUGCUAUGGGAGGAUACGAUGGUCAUAACCGGCAGAACACUGCCGAGUGCUAUAAUCCGCGGACCAAUCAGUGGACCAUGAUAGCUCCGAUGCACCAGCUUCGUUCGGACGCCGACGCUUGCACAUUAGAUGGGAAGAUCUACAUUACCGGAGGAUUCAAUGGGCAGGAAUGCAUGAACUCCGCUGAAGUGUACGAUCCCAAAGAAAACACCUGGACCGUACUGCCGAACAUGUUGAACAGACGCUCCGGAGUAUCCUGUAUUUCUCACAGAGGCAUAGUGCACGUAAUCGGUGGCUUUAACGGCCUUAUCCGGAUGAACAGUUGCGAGAGGUUCGACCCAAUAACUCGACGUUGGCAGAGCUUCAAGGAAAUGUACCACCAGCGUAGCAAUUUUGGAUUGGAAGUUAUCGACGAUAUGAUCUUCGCCAUCGGAGGCUACGAUGGGGUUAGUGCAAUUUCGCAUACGGAGUGUUACGUUUCCGAGUCAAACGAAUGGUUAGAAGCUACGGACCUCAAUCAGAUGCGCUCCGCAUUCAAAGCGGUUAUCAUAUCCGGGUUGCCGAACGUUCGAGACUACAUCCACAAGGAUCGGGAAAAUCUGUUGGCCGAUCGGCGCCAAAAGCUACUCAGUUCGGAGAUGGAAGGCGAUGAUAUAGAUGCGGAAUCUACCAGCACCAUCAACGAUGUCGAUUGAAGACACGCGUCUUGACGGGUGGUCUAAAUUGUGAACAUGUGUAAACCAAAUUGAACCAAGCAAAAUUAAACGACUGAUGGCUUUCAGUUCGAGUAACACAAUACAUAAUCGUGUGUAAGCGUCUGCCUACGUUUCGCAUGACGGAUUUUAGUACCGUUUCUGUUGCAAUUCCCACCUAAAUUGUGAUGAUAAUAACAAUCACAGCGACGCGACACGCGGUGGCGGCGAUGUCUGUAGUGUUGUUAUGUAAUUCGGCUUUUGUUUUGAGUCAACUUUGUCUUCGUUUAUUGUUUUGUACGUUUCGAAACGUGCCGCUACUGAUACACAAUCUGCUGUAAUAGGAACGAGUUGUUUGAUCGAGGAAGGAAAACGAAAUUUCCACUAUUAAUUAGUACCUAAUAGCAAUUUAAUUUCUUGCUAGACCCCACGAGAAUGCAGUGUUGCUGUUAUUAGGAUGAGUAAACGGCACGGCAGCUAUGCACUUCACUUUUGCCGUGUUCCUCUGUUUAGCGGCUUCGUUUUUCCUGUAUCCAUAAAUAAAGCUCUAUUAGCAUCACUUUUUAAAUCAACCGCUCGCUGGCAAGAUCUUAACAACUAGAAAAGUUUGGAAAUUAUGCGGCAGAUAAACAAACGUUGAUCGUUGUUAAAAGUAUUGUUUUAAAAUCGGCAUCUGCCCAGUGUAAUCGAAUCAAUACCACAAAACAUACGAAAUGCGGCGGUGGUGGAGUGCACAAGCUGUUCUAAUGGUUCCCAUGUUUGAUGAAAUUGCUGCUCAGUACGUGUAAUGAAUAUUCAACGGGGUAGAAAAAAAUAUCAGAGUUAGUUGUUUAUGUUGCUGUUGCUGGGUGCUUUUUACAUUGUAUGAAGAAAAAGUACUGGUUCUGGUCGUAUUAUAACUUGUUUCCGAUGACGAUUAUCUCUGUCCGCGGAGAUCAUCAGCGGUAUUUGGCUUCUCUAUUGAAGUAGGGUUCGCCAUGCCACAUUUGCUGUUCAUCCAUUAUAAAAUUUUAAAUUACAUGAUUAGACUUGUAAUCAACAUAAUUUAUGGGAUGUGCGAGUAGUUUAUGUAUAGGGUAAUGAUUUGAAUAUGUAUAUCCGAGCCUGAUGUAGCAUCAUUUCCGUAAAAGGGAAUCAAAUUUCUAUCUACAUUAUUAUGGAAACAUAAAUGUAAGCUUGUUCUAGAACGUAAAAGGAAACAUAUAUUUUUCAUAGUUGAAUUUCAUUUUUGUGAAAUGAUUCCUUACUAGAAACAUGUUUAGCUGAACUGAUUGUUUGCUGGGUGUCCGUUCAUCAAGGAGUUCCGGGAGAAGCGGGAAAAUCCGGGCAUUCCAAUUGAUCGGGGAAUACCCAGGAAAUUGUAUAAAACACUGGAAAAAAGUACUAUAAGUGAAACUGAACACUUUAGCCAGU